UACAUGUUUUGUUUUUCACUUAACGGCCUUAUUUCCUGGAGAGGAAAGACAGUUACCAUGGGCGUCUCACCUGUGGAACUAAUUAAUCGCCACAGAGACAGAGGAUGCUCACUUCCUAAUAAACGAGCUGUUCCGCAGCGUCUCCCGUCGCAUUUUCGUACAGGACUCUAACCAGGAAGCGGCAAGAGUUUUUCUAUUCGGAAAUCCUCCCAGCAGAAAUGCCGAGCCAGCUCGAGGGUGCGAUGGAUGCACUGAUAGCCGUUUUCUACAACUACUCCGGAAAUGACGGGGACAAGUUCAAGCUCAACAAGGGCGAGCUGAAGCAACUUUUGAACAGUGAGCUCACUGACUUCCUCACGUCUCAAAAGGAUCCACUGCUGGUGGAGAAGAUCAUGAACGACCUGGACUCCAACAAAGACAACGAGGUGGAUUUCAACGAGUUUGUGGUGCUGGUGGCCGCCCUGACCGUAGCCUGCAACGACUUCUUCCAAGAGAAGAAAAGGAACAGCAAGUAACCCCUGUGCAGAAAACAAAAACUGGAAACACACUGUAAAUCUCCACCACAGGUUUAGAAAUGUCACCUCAAUAAAAAACAAGUUGUUUGCGGUAACUCCGACGGGACAGGAUAACGAAUGUGAUAUAUAAGAAUGUAGACAACAAUCCUGUUGUCACAGAUGAAAAUAUCUGGGGUGGGGAAUAUUCACCGAGUUUCAGCCUGGAGCUGUGGAACAAGAUCUCACACCAAGCUUAAGUCCAGUUGUUGUAGUUUUUUAGGAGGAUGAGUAACUAGAAAGUACAAAGAGUCAAUUCCCUUAAUCUUUCAUUGUCAUUGUCAACUUUUGCAAAUGGAGUUGUGAUUUUAUCCAAAACUCGGGAGCGACUCCGCUUGUCUGGUUUUUGUCUGGGAAAGACCACAUAGAACAAUCAUAACUGCCUAUUAAUUCAGUGGCGUGCACCUUUAAAAAGGCUUCACUGUCAUCUCAAAAUGUGUUUAAAUCCUCUGAAGGCAUUUCCUUGUGGCUUUUGUCCCAGCAGACGUCCCAGCCCAGACCCUCCCUCUUGCGCCAUUAUAAAUGUCAAAUGUUAAAUAUCUACGUUUUUACUGUGGAGGCCGCGUGACGGUGCCAUUCACAAAAAAACAUUUGUUGUCGCCUGUCAGUUUACCAGUCAGUCUCCGUUACCAAAUGGAUUAUUGUGUUUCCCCUCGCGCUCGCACAACAAUCGACACACGGGCAACAAAAGUGGAUUGAUUUCAAUGAUGAAGGUUUUAAUGUACACCGUCUGUAACAUGUAAGGCCAACAAAUGAACUGCAUGAGAACAUUUUUAUUUUUCAUUUUGUUUAGAAAUGCUCAUCUAUUCCUCCAAUUUGUUCUGAACAAUAUGUGAGUGUUGUCUUUUAAUGUGACAGCUCCUACGGCAAAAUGACGGACAGCUGCUGACAACUCUGGGUGACAUCAUGUAAAAACUGAACUGCGACAAAAAAUA